GGAGUUUUGACCCGAACGAAGCCUUUACAAAACAUACCGUCUUUCAUUUUGCAAGCAUCCACAAUCGGAAAAUUCCAGUUCAAAAUGAAGCUUCUGAAAGUUGCUCCUGCGGCUGCAUUUUGGUCAGCCACAGCGGAAGCUGGCCAACGCACGUAUUUUGGGGGACAAUACCGUUGUGGUCGAGUAAUCAACGACUCUGGUCAGACAGCAAGGUUCACGACAAAUCCUAACGAUAAAAAUGCGCCCAACUUGUGCAAAUUCUAUAACUGGCCGAAGUAUCCCAACCCAAUCAAAUGCAAGCAGCAGACUCUGCUGUCCAACGGCGCCGCUGGAUGUGGAGGAUGUGGUCAAAACAGGGGGACGGAUGUUGAUGGAUUUACAUUUCCCUCAGUGGACUUCCUCUGGGACAAUAAUCUUGUUACCAGGGGUGAGUGGAUUAAGAUCGAUGACUUGACAACGAUCAGAUGUACUGGUGCUAGUCGGCCUGUCUGUAGACAAAUUUGAGUGUUGGGGUCCUCGGUAGGAAGAUUAAGUAACUAGGUGGCGGUGAGUUGAGCAAAGUGUUGGCAGCAUAUCAAGAUUACCACAUUCGAAUAUCAGUUCAUGAUCAAAGAUGCUGGAAUUACAUUGGAC